AUGACAUCCAAAGAAGUGGCCAAGUGUGAUGCGGGGGAAAACAGGAGGCGAAGCCCGCUGGACCACUUGCCGCCCCCUGCCAACUCCAACAAGCCGCUGACCCCCUUCAGCAUCGAGGACAUCCUCAACAAGCCGUCCGCCAAGCGAAGUUACACCAUUUGUGGCACGGCUCAUCUCAUUUCGUCCAACGAGAAGCACCGCGCCUCCAGCCUGCCCCUGUCCAGCCGGGCUCUGCUCACCCAAACCUCGCCGCUGUGCGCCCUGGAGGAGCUCGCCAGCAAAACCUUUAAGGGGCUUGAAGUCAGCGUGCUACAGGCGGCAGAAGGCCGGGACGGCAUGACCCUAUUCGGCCAGAGAACCACCCCGAAGAAGCGCCGGAAGUCCCGCACGGCCUUCACCAACCAUCAAAUCUACGAGCUGGAGAAGCGCUUCCUGUACCAGAAGUACUUGUCCCCGGCCGACCGGGACCAGAUCGCCCAGCAGCUCGGCCUGACCAACGCGCAGGUCAUCACGUGGUUUCAGAACCGCAGGGCCAAGCUAAAGCGGGACCUGGAGGAGAUGAAGGCGGACGUGGAGUCGGCCAAGGCCAUCGGCCAGGUGCCCUUGGACAAGCUGGCCAAACUGGCCGACCUGGAGAAAUGCGCCAACGGCACGCUGGGCCAUCCGCGAGUCGAGUCCCCGGCGCGGGGAGGCCAGCAGCGGGAGCUCGACGUGGGCCAGAAACUGAGGCGCUCCCCGCUGUCGCCCUUCUCAGACCACACGACGAGCAAAGAGUGCUCGGAGGACGAGGACGUGGAGAUUGACGUGGACGACUGA